CCAUUUAGUUGGCAAAAAUCAAUCGUUUCUGACGGUUGUCGCAAAAAUCGUGAGCCUGCCUUAAUGUGUGCUCGUUCGCGUGCGUGAGCGUGUGUGUGCUGCUUAUCGCCAAAUCAGUUGACAGUCUAUUGUGUCGUCUCCUUUUUUUUGUGGUUGUUGUGACGCAGUAUUUUGAAAUUACGUGAAAUUAUUACAGUUUCUUAAACAAUCCACGUGCACUACAACACAUAGCCUGCGAAAGUGGCUAGCGCUCUGCUCUUGCUCUUGUAAUUAACACAGACACCCAACAACAAAAUCUUACCAACUUACCUUGACGUCAUUUCAUUUUUUUUGGCGACAAAAAAUAGCAGCAACUCGGCCAGCCUCUGUGUGUGUGUGUGUGUUGUGCGGUGGCUGCUUGUGCUUGGCACGAACGAAACGAUCAAAAGUUACUGUAACGCCGCCCCGAACGCUGCCACUGCUGUGCGUAAAAAAAAACUGCUGCCAGCGAAAAGCAAGCGUAAAAAUUUGCAUUAAUGCAGCGCCGUCGACGUCGUCGCCGUUGUGUAUGAAUGAAUGAGAUUCUUAGUGCGCGACAACUAAUUACAAAAACAAACACAAUUGGCCGUGGAAAUUGAAAUUAAGUGAGGAAGAGAGGGAAAGGGAAAGCAAAGCACAUUCACCAUGGUCUAUUAUAUAUCAUUCUUUGGCCACAACGAGCCGCCGGACAAGAUUAUUACUAACGAAAAGAGCAUGGCCUGUCUGCAGGAUGAGUUCGGACACCUAGGACUGGCGGCGACAGAUCUACCCUUUAAGUCACCCGAUCUCGACUCUCCGCCGCAUCUGCAGCAUCACUCCAACUACGGGGAGAUCACGGACAGCAGUGCAGAGAACACGUGUCAACAGCGCUGGCCCCACAACAUUGGCGGGGCGGCGGCAGCGUUCGGGCAUCCGGACAAGCCCAUAGGAUGGAUGUAUGGGCUGCUGGGUUGCAUGAAGCCUGUGCUCUCGUUCAUCGGCAAGAGCGGCGUGAUCGAGGUGAAGAGUCAGCGGAGCGAAGACUGGGAAAUACCCUUCGAGUCCAUCACGGAUCUCGAGUGGUUGGGCAGUGGGGCACAAGGCGCCGUAUUCAGUGGCAAGCUGAAGAACGAGAUUGUGGCCGUGAAGAAGGUGAAGGAGCUGAAGGAAACGGACAUCAAGCAUCUGCGGAAGCUGGACCAUGAGAACAUCAUCAAGUUCAAAGGAGUAUGCACUCAGUCGCCGGUAUUCUGCAUCAUCAUGGAGUUCUGUCCGUACGGUCCGCUGCAGAAUAUACUCAAGGAGGAGCAGGUUAUGUUGCCGUCCCGCUUGGUCUCGUGGGCCAAGCAAAUUGCCCAGGGAAUGCAGUAUCUGCAUUCCCACAAGAUCAUACACAGAGAUCUGAAGAGUCCCAACAUACUGAUUAGUACAAAUGAGGUGGUCAAGAUUAGCGACUUUGGGACGAGUCGCGAGUGGAACGAGAUUAGCACCAAGAUGAGCUUCGCGGGCACCGUGGCCUGGAUGGCUCCCGAGGUGAUACGGAAUGAGCCCUGCUCGGAGAAGGUGGACAUUUGGUCGUACGGCGUUGUGCUCUGGGAAAUGCUUACCUGCGAGAUACCCUACAAGGAUGUCGACUCCUCGGCCAUCAUCUGGGGUGUGGGCAACAAUUCGCUCAAGCUUCUCGUACCCAGCACCUGUCCGGAGGGCUUUAAGCUGCUGGUGAAGCUCUGUUGGAAGAGCAAGCCCAGGAAUCGUCCCUCAUUCCGGCAGAUUCUGUCUCACCUGGACAUUGCCGGACCGGAGUUGCUUCGCAAGACGGAAAAGCAGUACUUUGAGACGCAAAAGUCGUGGAAGGAGGAGGUGCGCUCCCACCUGAAGGAGAUCACCCAGAACGGCACCAGCAUACACAAGUACGAGCAGGAUCUGAUCAAGCGGCGCACAGCCGAGUGGCGACACGCCCAGGACAUACGCAUGGUUUACGAGGACAAGCUGCAGAAGACGAACCAGCUGUUCGUUGAGCUCAGCGAAUGCAUGACCCAGCUGCAGGAGAAGGAGAAGGAAAUUGCCGAGCGUGAACGGAAGCUGCCUGGAAACGGAUAUAAGCCCUCGCGGCGCUUUGGCAAUACAUUCAAAAAGAUGCAACACUACCGCCGACGACUGAACGGUCCGCCGGCCGCCAUCCAGCAGCAGACUUCCACCACACCAGAUCCAGAGACCACGCCGGAGUCCCCUAUAAAGUGCGUGCUGUAUGCCCAGCUGGACGGAAACUGCCAGCCAAAGUCGUAUUUGGGCAACAUCAUUCCUGGCGGUGGCGGAUGCGGAGGCAGCAGCAUGGCAAACAAGAACAAGAAGCGCGGCCAUCGACGCAAUGGCUCUGACUCGCUAGGAGCGCCACCCAAGUACAGCCCGACGCGCGAUCGUCGCUACCAGAGCGAGCCGGAGAAUCGAAAGGUACAGCUGGUGGAGCAACAUACACAGACCGACGCCAUGGAUGUCAGUGAAACGGACAUUAGUCCCAGCGCCGAUCUGCCCCGCACUCAGCCGAUUGAUGUGCCACCCCCGAACCAUCGCCAGCUGCCGCUUCAAUUGCAACGAGUCCAGAAAAUGGCCAAGGCUCAGGCGCAGGCCCAGGCCUGCAGAGUAGGCUCCGUGAAUCCCACUAGUCCGUCGAAUGGCAAUUCGUUGAGUACCAGCGAGCUGACGUACCAGGAUGCCUGCUCUAGUCCGGACCAGCUGAUGAACGACGAUGUGAUGAACAGCAACGAGCGCCUGGACAUCACCGACUGUUGCAGCGACAAUGAGAAUCUCGAUCGAUUGGGUCGCAAAGUCAUCGAGUUCAUCAACGAGAACCGCCUCUCCAUUCAGUCCAACACGAACUCGAACUCAAACACUGAGAACGGGAACGGAGGAGGAGUAGGUUCGCCGCUGGAGGAUCACAGGGAAGCUGGCAACAGUCCGUGCCUGAGUCGGUGCAGCAGCACGCAGAGCAAGCGAAGGAAGCAGCCGCUGGGAGACAAUCCCAAUGGGCCCAAUGGCCCCUCCUCGAUCGGGGGCAAUGCCAAUGGCGGGGAGGCCAAUGCUCAGGAUAGCUGGUCUGAUGAGGAGGGCGAGACCACGGACUGCAAGUACGCCUUGCGGAGACGAAGCAUUGGUCGCCUGCCCAUUGCCCGAGGCAUGCGUCCGCGGCGCAGCUACAAGGCACCGAUGUCCCAGAAGAUUGCCAUACACCACAAACGCAAUGUGGUCAUUGUCUCCGACGAGGAGGAGAAUACCUCCGAGUACAGUCACUCGCCGUCCAGCCAGCACUCGACGCUGGAGAGCAAUACGGAUAUAGCGUCGGCCAUGAAGCAAACCCAAAACACAUCCACCUCCACAAACAGCUGCAGCGAGCCCGAGGAAGGCGACGACGAUUCGAGCAGCUCCAGCGACGACGAUGAUGAGGUGGAUCUGGAUUUGGAUCAGGCCAAAGCCAAAGCCAAAGCCAAGGGUUCCACACUACCCAUGGGGGCGAUGCGCAGCAGCGACAUUAUAUCCAUACCCACAUUCGAGGCUGAUGGCGCCGUCAACAUGGUCUAACCUAGUACGAUAUGUUCUAGCCUAAGCGAGAAAACUCCUAAACAUAACCAGUUGUACACGGUCGCUGUAUAACAACUAUCUCUACUAUAUAUAUACUCAACCGGGAAAUCGCCCCCCACUUUUAAUGGUAUUAUCUAUGUUCACGUCCAGAUCCGUCUAUCUAUCUAUCAUCUAUCUCUCUCUCUAUAAUUUAUUUCUAUGUGUAUGUUGUGCCCGUGUGUGCGUUGAUCGCUUCGGAAUGCACGUCCCACACUCGAAACCAAAUAGAAAAUUUCUACUGGGUCAGGGGCAAUCUUUUCUUCGUGUCGUAUUCGUAUCGCAUGCAUUUCCUAUGUUGCUGAAUAUAUAAUUUUUUUUUUUUGCAUUAGUCCUAGUUGAUAUUUGACCUUUGAGAGAGCUGCCUUUGUAAUAUAUUUAAAAAAUUACCUAAUUGUAUAUGUAUUUUAGAUCCUAUGGCCUAGGCAUAGCAUAGUUUUUUUUCUCGAUCCCAAGAGCUUGAACCACAAAACGAAACCCAACAACAAAA